AUGCUUAUUCUGUUCCAUGCCAUGGUCACCCCAUUGCUCUGUGUCAUCCAGGCUGCCCCCCUUCCCAACACCUAUAUCCUCCUUAACACCACUGAUACUCUAUGGGCUGAGACUCCCCUGAGGGAUUGGGACCUCUUCUCUCCACGUGUCACUCUAUCUAACCAAGCUCCUGAAGAGCCCCCCAUGCUUUUCCUCAUGGAGGACUCCAAUACCCUACCUGGACACGCUGCUAAUAGAACAUUCAAGUCCAAACGGUCAUUGGAAGGGUCCCUACGCCGGGGAGAAAUGUCUGUAUGUGACAGUGUUAACGUGUGGGUGACAGACAAACGGACAGCUGUGGACAUCCGUGGCAAAACGGUGACAGUGCUGUCUGAGGUCCAGACGCUUACAGGCCCCCUCAGGCAGUAUUUCUUUGAGACCAAGUGUAAUCCAGCUGGCGGAACUGUGGGUGGCUGCCGGGGUGUUGAUCGACGCCAUUGGAUCUCUGAGUGCAAAGCUAACAGUCUUACGUGA